UAAAACAAUGUAAGUCGCUUUGGAUAAAAGCGUCUGCCAAAUGCCUAAAUGUUUCAAAUUCAAUUCAAGUUUAUUUAUAUAGCGCUUUUCACAAUGUGUAUUGUUUCAAAGCAGCUUUACAGGGGCAAAUAGGAAAAACAGAAAAGUUAAAACACAGCACAGUGCAUGGUAUUUAUACAACGAUUAAGAUCAUACUAAUAAAUAAUAUCUAAUUUCUAAAUAAAUGAAUGAACGCAGUCUCCCGGUGAGCAGGCCAACACUGCCCUGCUGUGGCGAGGAACCCAAACUCCAAUGAUUGAUUAAUGGAGAAAAAAACCUCGGGAGAAACCAGGCUCAACCGGGAGGGCCAGAUCCCCUCAGACGUGUCAUAGCUGCACUCAAACUGGUCACAUGUGAUUUAAGUUUAGCAUUUAAUACCAAAUAUUGUAACUUCAGCAUUAAUAAGACAAAUAGUCCGUCUUUGCUCUUGGUUGGGGAUGUAGUGGUCUGAGCUGGGAUGGUCCGAUGGUCAUAUUUCUCUUGGCUGGUGGUGGAAUUGCCUUAGAUGGAGCUGGGAUGGUCAGUCAGUCUACAGCUGUAGCUGGCGUAAUCUCAAAUUGGGGAUGGGCAUCUGUCGGUUGUCUGGACAUGGUAGAACUUCUUCCUACCUCGGGAUGGGCAUCCCGAGGGAGAGGCGGAAAGAGAAUAAAGAGAAUAAUUAGCGUAGCUGCUGUAAAUGUAAAUGUACAGCAUUCCAUAAUGCCAAGUAUUUUGAAGAAACAACGAAGAAGCCUAAAUUAAAGCAUCUUUUCAGACCCUCUAAAUUGUUUAUUGAUUACUAGGUCAGUCCACGCUUUUACUUCUAUAUUUAAACGAUAAUUUGUGUUUUAUUUCUUUGAUAGUCUUCAGGAAAAUAACAGCAAUAUAACAUCUAGUGUGGCGGUGAGUUCUGACAGUUGCUACAAAACCAGCCACCUUAUCAAAAAAAUUAUAUUAUCUAUCUUUAACACAGACUUUAAGAACAAAUGAGGGCUUCAGUAGUUAUUACCAGAAAAGUUUAAUCCCCUGACUGAAGUCAGGGAAAAACAGAGAUGACACCUGUUGUUUGUUAUUGCCCACUUCAUAUGCCAUGCAUUUUCCAGUCUUCGUGUUCCUCCAGUCGCUAGUCCUGCACAUUUUGGAUGUCUCCCUAUCUAACUCACCUGAUUCAAUUAAUUAACCCGUUAGUGGGCUCUCUAUCAGGAAUAUGUCAGAAUGAACACAUCUCAAAUGUGCAGUAGGUUAUUGGAAAUUUUAUGAACAUGAUGGGAAAACACUGUCAAAUGGAGAUAAUGUAUGUAAUGUAAAUUUGCAUAGCAGGUAUAAUAAAAACACUAUGUGUGUAGAAAAGCAGACGAGUCAAAUUUUCAAAUGAGUCCAGAUAAUAUCUAGCCUGCCCCAUCUAUUCCUUAUUUGUAAUUUAAAAAGAGUAGCAAUGAGCCCCUGUCUGCUUGUAAAGGCAAAAGCAAUAGGCCUGUGUAAAAUCAGUUGUGUUAGUCCUCAAACUGAACACCGUUAGACGAAAACCUAUAUGCAUUGAAUAACAACGUAUAGGCUAUACAAUCCGUAAUAUAAAGGCUAUAUUUCAAACACGAUACGUAGCUAAAUCUGUGAUGGACAGUCUGAGGUAUUGCGGUUGUGAGCGCAUGUCUGCUCUUCUUUCUCUUUCGGGGGUGUUACGAAAAAGCAAUUACCCCAGAGCCUCAUAGAGGUCUGAGAGACAGGCGGAGCCAGCACUUCUGCAAAACAAGAGCUGUCAGUAUUUAAUAAGAAAAUAGUACUAGGACUAAUCAAAGCAUUGGGUAUUGAAACCAUCAUUGAGCAGCAUGCAUUUAUUAAUAUUAGCGACUCUAUUUUCAAUGGUUUUGGCCGAAAAAUCACCUCGGCUGAAAUUCACUGUUGUGGAGGCUCCUCGGUUUCGCUUUCUGAAACCUGAGAACUACACGUCGGUUUACCACCAAGAGGGAACUGACGUUUUGUUUGUGGGGGGCCAAGAGGUCAUCUAUAAACUCAUAUUCAGUGAUAAAGGAGUGCAUGAUACCCAGAUCCCUGCGGUGACGGAUGAGACUACAAAGAAGACAUGUAUUUCAAAAUCAGCUGCACGGAAGCAAGAGUGUGAUAACUUCAUCACGGUACUUAAGAAGGUCGGUGACUCUUUUAUUGCGUGUGGGACAAGAGCAGGUUCACCUAAAUGUUGGCAGCUGGUAAACGGGAGCAAAUUGACAGAUAUGCAAGAGGAAAUAUCAGCACAUGAAAUCUUGGCACCUUUCCCCUCUCAGCGUACCAUCAGCCUGUCAUCAGAUGGAAAUCUAUACUCUGCUCUGUCAGCAGCCAACGGACAGGCUGGAUCAAUCCGCCGCACCUAUGGAUCCAAAAAGCUGCUGAAGACAGAGACUAAAUGGUUACAAAAUCCCCAGUUCGCAGGAGCCGCUGUGAUGCCGUACCAUGAAAAAAUCAAAGAAGAGAUCUAUUUCUUCUUUAGUGAGGUCAACACUUCAGCGAGCCUGGAUGAAGAACCAUACAGAGCUCGUAUAGGACGAGUGUGCAUGGUGGAUGAGGGAGGGCCAACAAAUCUGCUGCCCAACUCCUGGACCACGUUCAUGAAGGCUCGUGUGAUGUGUGGGAAAAAAGAAACACCUGUACAGUACAACGACAUCAAGCAGGCGUUUGUUCUGACCUCUCGCCUUCGUACUGGUGUGAUGUACGGUGUUUUCUCCAAUGCCUGGAACACCACAGUAGUGUGCGCAUACUCCAUCGAAGAAAUUGACCAAGCUUUUUCCACAUCUAAACUGAAGGGAUACAACACUGCUUUGGCUUCCCCGCGUCCCGGAACGUGUGCUUUCAAGAAUAACACGGCGUCUCAAAACCAUAAGAUCCUGACUGUAAUCCGGGACUACCCUGAGAUUGAUAACAUGAUCAAGCCAGUCGGAGAGGCUCCCCUGGACCUGCCGGUUGAAGACCACUUCACUCAUAUUGUGGCCGACACUGCCCUGGCUGUCAAUGAUGAGCACUAUAGUGUCAUUUAUCUGGGCACAGAAACGGGUAAAAUCCUGAAGGUUUUACAUACCAUUGAAGGAGCGUUUAUCAUUGCACAGUACUCAUUAUUCAACGAUGAUAGUCCCGUCACCAACAUGGCCAUUGACUCCCAAAAGGGUCAUCUGUAUGUUGGCACCGAGCUGGAAGUGCAGCGCAUCCCCCUGGCUGACUGUGGUCGAUAUGGUGUCAGUUGUAGGGAAUGCAUUCUAUCACGUGACCCGUAUUGUGCGUGGGAUAUGGUGAAGAAAAAGUGUACUGCUAUCCCAGCAGAAAGCGGGUACAUAUUUGAUCCUUGUCAAACUCUUGACCACUCCAAUGCUUCAGUUUGUGGAGAUGUUAAAGCUCCAAAGGCACGUAGCACCGUCCCCAAAGAAGUGUUAGUGGACAAAGACGGACCAAUCUUGCUGCCAUGCCCCGUGCGUUCCUAUCACGCCAAAUACCGCUGGGAAAAAGACAACUGCAUCAAGCAAUAUCCCUGCACCAUCUCUGGCUCUUCCUGCGUGCUGGCACCCACCCCAGACCUGCCCCUGAAAGAGGGUGUGUUCCGCUGCAUGGCGGAGGAGAGCGGUCUCCAACAGGAGGUUGUCUCCUACAAGCUGGUGUUCAACGGUGGGCCUCUCUCCACCUCGCUAGUGUCCACCCUGGGCUCAGCCCUGCUGCUGGCUGCUGCGGCACACUGGCUCCUGUAGUUGGGAAGGCAUCCAGAUGAGUGGAAGUUUUGUGCUAAGGUCAGCAAAGCAUGCACCUAGGCCUGUCUAAACUGCAGGGGAGAAGCUGUUCUCUGUUUAAACUGUGUUUCUUAUUUGGAGCUACCACACGUUUCUAGUUUUUGUUCGAAAGGCCGAGAAAAUGCCUGAAGUUGUCUCAUCCUGCAAAAUGCUUUAUCAUACGGUACCAAACUAAAGUGUUAUGUAAACAUGAAUUUAUGUAAGUGAUAUUUCAUACCAUCUGCCUGAAAGCAAACACUAUAUAUUCAAAUAUCUAAUACAUCUGUAUUGCAUCGUACAUGCUUGCAAAAUGUUUGUGCCAUCGUUCAGAAGUUUCAGAGGACCGCUCUGCUAACCAGCUCUCAGACAUGGAUUAUCAUAUCUUGGUUAGUUUUCUGAAACAUACUUAUUGUGAGUAUUCAGAAUUCAGAAGUUACUUAUAUCUCUUAAAAAUAGUGUCGUUGAAAUGUAAAUGCGCCGUUCCAUAUAUUUUUCAUUGUGUGCCAUACGGACAGUUCUAAAGCCUUAAAACAAGGAUGAGUCUUUUACAGCUGUAAGGGUCUCAUCCUAAGCACAACUCGCAAACUGCAGAAGCUGCAGAACCUGGUGAACAUUUGCUUUUCUGAGCUGACAAAGAAUGUUAUUUCAGCAUGACUUUAAGAGAAAAUAGAGCUUUUUUAAGCAUCUAUAGCAAGCCAAAAGACAGAAAGAUGGUUUGGAAUGCAUCAUAAUUAUAAGUGUAAAUUUCUAAUUAAAUUCCAUAACUUCCAAACUGGAAGCAGAAAAACAUAUUGAACCAAUUUUGCUUGGUAGGUUGACAAAAUUUACAGCAUCAUCAGAGAGUUUACUGGUUCGUCACUGUGUUUAACAACAAGAUAUGGACACUACUUCAUCAUUGAUGUCUGUAUUUUUUUGUUAUGAAUUGUUCAGAUUAAACUAAUACACUAUACAUUCAUUACAUAUUAUUUAGUGGCAAAAUACUCUUGAAUGGAUUUGACAGAUGUGAUUAAGUUGUUUUGUAGUUGCAGUGAAAAGCAGCUUGUGGUCCGUUGUUAUAACGUUCUUUUAAUUCUAAUGCUCUACGUAUGCUGUUCUUCACCAUUGCUGCCUAUUUCUGAUGGAACAAAAUAGUCAUCAUGCAUUGGGCUGUUCAGACUGUAAAUCUGUCCCCGUUUGACUUGACGUCAAAAUUAAUUUGCCCAAUUUCAUCAUCAACGGCUUUCGAUAAAACUUUAUGAUAGUUAUUGUACUCGCAUUACAGUUUCCACAUAGACAUACAUAAACAAUAUACUCAUAAAAGAACUAGCGCAGUUCUAAUGGUCACUUCUAACUCCCCCACCACAAAUGUUCUGUUUUUUUCUUCUCUCAAAGCAACUGACCCCAAAUGCCAAUUCUGUAUUUAACCUUGUUCAUUCCUCACUGAAUUUUGGGAGAAGAAAUGGAAUCCGUGCAAUGAAAAACCGAUCACUAAUUAACCAGACGUGCAUUGUGUUUACAGUGGUGACUUUAAUUGUUUAUUUGUAGUUGUUUAUGUCUCGUAUUAUUUUGUUUCUUGCACAUUAUGUUGGACAUAAAUGCUGACAGGAGCCGUGUUUGUUUACUGCAGUUUCAUUGCUUUGUCCAUAUAUGUGGAUCUCUGGGUUGAUGUUUGGACGUUAUAAUCAAACGUGUCAUAAAUUAAAGCCAUGUAUAUAGUCCAGGGACUGCAACAUAGCUGUAUCUCGUUACUGCAUUAGCUACUGAUGCUAACUCAUGCUAACCUUGUGUUUGCAUGCUGAAUGCCAGCUCUGUCGCCUCUCUGUGUACUUGUAUCUUUGUCUCUUGGCCUAACGUGCUACAUUGCACUAAACGCAGGAAAGUUGUAGUGCCAAACUGAUGUUGUCUCAUUUUUGUUAGAGAGCUUUUUUAACUUUUCCACUAUGCUUCUUUGCCAAACAUUUACCUUUUCUUACAUACAUAUAUGUGGAACCUAGAUACACAGACACAUGCGCAUACUCCAAAUCACUUUUGUCAAGGUUAAUGACCUUCAGUAUAACAAAAAGUUGUGUAGAUCACAAAAGCUUAAUUUCUAUUAGUUUGUUAGUGUUCUACUCUGUAACUGGUGUUGUAGGCGCAUUUAAGAUCAUUUUAAAUACGUUUGAAUUGCUGUCAUAAGCUCUUUUUUUUGCCCAGUAAAGUGUUUUCUGUGUAGAUACAUGUAUCUUGUGUAGGUCUACACCUAAUGAUUCGUAUGGUUAUCAAAAAAAGAACCCAUUUUUCUAAAGGGAUUGAUGACCUUGUACAAUACAGUAAUAUACAAUUACAUUACCUGUUUCCCUGAAAAUGUGCAUUACAAUAAAAGUAAAAAUACUCUCCUGUA